AUGGACGACCUUUCGAGUCUGGACUGGGGCCAGCCUGCACAAAGCAAUGGUGCAGAGCAAAGCUCCUAUAACUUUGACGCGCUGCUGCGCACGAUGCCGGCACAUGCACGGCCAAGUGCACCGCCAGCACGGCGCGCCGAGCCGAAAAAACAAACGGGGGAGGAUGCGUUUUCGUCGCUGCUGCCUACUUCUUUUUCAGGCGCGGUGCGUCCAGCUGCAGCAUCCGGCGCUGUCGCGCCACGCGCUGCGCCUGUGCAGCCUGUGCACCAUAAGUCGCCCAAAUCUAUUUGGGAUCUCGAUACAUUGGACACACUUGGCAAUGCCGCCGCGCCGUCCAAGACGACCGACGCCUCGCACGCCUCUUUUGACUUGCUGGGCGAUUUUGCAGCACCGUCUCCGGCCAUACAAGAAACCGACGAUCUUUUGGGUGCCCUAUCGCUGCCUGUAGCAAAGCAGCGCUCGCCCCGUAGUAGUCCCCAGGAGCAGGCCGCCUCGCCGCCGCCCUCCCUUCGCGCCGCAGGCAAGGCGCGCGCGCGCUCGCCGCCGCCACACAUUGUUGGCCAGCUUGUCGAGAUGGGAUUUGCACCUGAUGCGGCGCGAGAUGCACUGGCCCGAACAGAGACAGGUGUCGAUAUCGAGGCGGCUGCAGCGGCCCUUAUUGACCAGGAGCAGCGGCAGCCGCCGUGCGCUGUCCAAUCGGCGCCAGCAUCACACAGGCAAGAAGAAACUGUGCAGCGAGCAGAGUAUGGUGCUGACUGGCAGAAACAGGCCGAUCAAUUGUAUGCACAGGCCAGCAUGUUUGGCACGUCGAUGCUAAAAAAUGCAAACGCGCUGUGGGGCUCCGCCAAAGCACAAGCGCAAAAGGCGCUGGAUGAUGGACACACGUCAUCAGCCGCGGGUGUCGCGGUAAGCCUUGGACAGCAAGCAUUGCGCCGCAUGGGCAAUGUACAGUCUGGACGACAGCCUGUCACGAACGGCAAGCCGCGGUGGAUGCAGACGGCGGGAGCGCACAGCAAUGGGCAUGCUGAAGCGCCCGACUUCCAAGCGCUUGCCGCCGAGCACAAGCAGCCUUUGACAGCGCAGCGAGCCAAGCCCUCGCAAAAAGCCACACUGCCAGCCAAACCUUCGCCGUCACAGCCCGCACAAACCGCGCAAAAACCAUUGGAGCCGGUUAUAACACUGGAGCGCACGCUCCCGACGGACGCACGCGCAUCCAUAGACCGGGCGAUGCUCCUGAAAAAGAACGGCAACAAAGCGUUCCAGCGCGGCGCAUAUGGCGACGCGGAAGAACAGUAUACGCAAGCCCUUGCCAUGCUCGAGACCUCCUCCUUGUGGCGCAUCCCCCUCUUAAACAACCGUGCAAAUGUGCGCUUGAAAAAUGGAGACAGCCAGGGCGCCAUUGCCGACACGACUGCUUCAAUUGCGAUCCUUGUGAUACCCUCGACACCAGCGAACGACGCACCCAACAUCUUCCGCCCCAGCCGCGAAGCAAGUCUGCCCCUUUUGUACGCGUCGCUAAACUUGCGCGAGGCAUACACCAAAAGCGUCGCACAGCGUGCACAUGCCUACGAGGCGUGCGAGAAAUGGACGCUUGCAAAGCAGGACUGGACGUGUCUGUAUACCUAUGAGCGCGAAGAAGGCAGUAGCGCUCGCUCCGGCGACGCAAAUCGCCGCGCGGCAAACGAAGGAAUGCGGCGCUGCGACGCAAUGCUCUACCCUCCGCCGAAACCAGCCGCCAAGCCAGCCGCACCUUGUACAGCAAAAGCCGCACAGCAAGCAUCUGAUGCGGGUGUAGCUCGAGUGCGUGCGCAGCGCAUUGCACAAGAGGCGGAGGAUGCAGAGCGUCUGCAACACAAAGACUCGGUCGAGUCGCGCCUCGGGGCGUGGAGUGCCGGGAAGCAGAAAAAUGUGCGUGCGCUGCUCGCGUCGAUCGACGAUCCCAGCUACCAUUUGCUGUGGCCCGAGCUGCAAUGGAAAAAGGUCGGGAUGCACGAGCUCGUUACAGAUGCCCAAGUGAAGCGUAGCUUCACACGCGCCAUUGCAAAAUUGCACCCUGACAAGCUGCAGAAGAGCAGUGUGGAGCAGCGCAUGCUCGCAGCGGGCAUGUUUCAUACACUGAAUGAAGCGCAUCAUAUGUAG